AUGGUGUAUGGGAAAUCACAAAUCUUACCUAUGGACCAUUCAGAAAGCUUGACUGCAUUUGGAAGAAAUGCACAAUCUCCAACAGUAACCUCCUCUUUUAGCUUCAGGAGUGAGGAAAGAGUGGCCAAACGUAAAGAGUUUUAUCAGAAACUAGCGGAAAAGAUCAAGGCGAAGGAGGUGGAAAAACUUCAGCUGCAAGCAAAAUCUAAGAUCACACUGACACAACCUUGCUCACCAAAUCUCAGUCGGAGACCAACUCCCAGCAUAAUCCAGGAUUCUAGACCUCGCCCUCCUUGGAGGUCUUCAGGAAAGGCUGAUAGCUUCAAGCAUGUUACAGAAAAGAACAACCAGAUCCCAACUCGUUCUACCAAAUCACAGGCAAAAAAUAGUAUGCAUGAGAAUGCUUCCCCAAAUAUUCAGCUUUGA